CAGCUGAUCUGACCUGGCAACAACAUUCACCAACAUCUACCGGGGAGGGGAAUCAUUUUACAAGCUGUUGUGGAAAAACAGUAAUCUUAAAAUCACCCGGCUUUUAAAUCUGUGUUUGUCAAAUAGUUGUUGUCGUGUGCGAUAUUUCGGGGAAUCUGGCAGUUUGUUUGAUGAAAAUUGUGGUGUGAAUCUUGCUCGAAAUCACCUUGUUUUGUUCGGUCAAGGCUGUUUUGAUCAGUCUGUUGUCGUUGUGUGAACAUUCUCUAAAAACAGUCUGUAUGAUACCAGACAACGAGCAGUUCAGCUAUACAAGUCAUUUUUCUAUCCCCAGUGUUUGUUGUAUUUAAAAUUUGGGGAGAUUUUGCAGACACGUAACGUUAUGCUAAUCUUGGCUAUCUUGAGUAACAAAAGCCCAGGACGAUUUCAGCCUUCGUUUGUAGCUGUUAGUGUGUAUGUCUGCCAAUACUUUCAUUUCGAGCGUUUUUAGGUGUUCUCGUGUUUGACGGCUUGAUCACUUUUAAUUUCGCCAACAAGCUAGAAAAGUCUGACCUAGUGCCAGUUCUAUACGGAUGUCAACCGAUCUAUUUAUAGUUCAUAUUGAAUAUUUGAUUUUAAGCCAGUGUCUUAAUUUGACACAUCACAGUUUGAAUUCCAAUGAAAUUCAAAGCAUGACGAUAUUGUGUUCGACAUCGCAAGGGCAAUAAUCCGAUAUGUUAAUAUCGAUUCGAGCCUAAACCGGUUUAUAUAUCGUCUCGUUAGUUAUACAUUUGGGUUGGCCUCUGCUGUAACGUUAGUUGAUUACAUUUUCAGAAGAAGAGUCAUAUCGCAUCCCGACCGGUCAAUACAUUUACCGUUAAAGAGGCGUUAAUACUUAAAUAUAAGAUUUAUAAACAUCUAGAAUGAGCGGCAAAGGCUCAUCGGUGGAAAAGGGGUUGAACGGCGUUUUGGUUUGUCAGGAGAGUUACGCCUGCGGCGGGUCCGACGAAGCCGCCUUCGAGUGCGACGAAUGCGGCAGCCUGCAGUGCACCCGCUGCGAGCUGGAGCUCCACCGCCAGGACCGCAUGAGGAACCACGACCGAAUCCGCAUCUCACCCGGCCAUGUACCGUACUGCGAUUCGUGUAAAGGGGACGGGGUGAACGGGGGUCGCCUGAGAGCAGUGGUCCGUUGUCAGGGAUGUAAAAUUAAUCUGUGUUUGGACUGUCAGAAACGAACGCACAGCGGGGUUAGUAAAAAGAAGCAUCCGAUCGCUGCCUAUCCUCCACCCAAACCCGCUGAAGAGAACCCCAGCACUGGAGAUGAGCAGCUGGAUGCUUUAAAAGCUUCCUUAGAAAAAGUCGUCAGCUUCCUUUUAGUGGAUGAAAAAGAAGACAUGCAGUUGACGGAUGAGCAUGAAUUCGUGAGGAAAUUAGGCUGCAGUCCCGACGAGCUCCUCAAGGUGGUGUCCAUUUUCGGCAACACCGGAGAGGGCAAAUCCCACACCCUCAAUCACACUUUCUUUUUGGGUCGUGAAGUCUUCAAAACGUCCCCAACUCAGGAAUCCUGCACUGUUGGGGUGUGGGCUGCACUUGACCCUAUUCAUAAGGUGGUGGUUGUUGACACAGAGGGACUCCUGGGGGCAGGAACCCAUCAGGGACAGAGGACCCGCCUCCUGUUAAAAGUGCUCGCCGUGUCCGAUGUGGUCAUCUAUCGGACGCAUGCUGACCGGCUGCACGAUGACCUUUUUAAGUUUCUUGGGGAUGCGUCCGAUGCGUAUCUAAAGCAUUUUACGAAGGAGCUAAAAGCCACCACUGCACGCUGCGGUUUGGACGUGCCCCUUUCCACUCUUGGUCCCGCUGUCAUCAUCUUCCAUGAGACGGUCCACACCAAGUUAUUAGGUUCAGACAAGCCAUUAGAAUCAGCAGAGCGGCUUCUUCAGGAACGUUUUAGAAAGCUUGGCCUCUUUCCUGAAGCAUUCAGUUCAAUUCAGUACCGGGGAACUCGUACCCACAAUCCACCCACUGACUUCAGCGGACUGCUGCGGAGCUUGGAGCUGCAGUUAGACAACAACACUACAAGAUCACCACGAACCGCUGGUGUCAUCUUCAAGGCCCUACAGGCUUUAAGUGAAUGCUUCAGUGGAGAUAUUCCUGAUGAACAUCUGGCAAGCAACUCGUUCUUUCCAGAUGAGUAUUUUACCUGUUCCAGCAUCUGCCUCAGUUGUGGCUCAGGCUGCAAAAACAGCAUGAAUCAUCUACGGGAGGUUGUUACGCACGAAGCUAAACACCGCUGCCGCUACACCGCCCACUACGAUAAUCGCAUCUACACAUGCAAGGCUUGUUACGAAAGUGGCAAGGAGGUAAUUGUGGUUCCAAAGACAACAGCGUCCUCUGAUUCGCCUUGGUUCGGUCUGGCGAUUUAUGCCUGGUCUGGAUAUGUGAUUGAGUGUCCAAACUGCUCAGUGAUCUAUAGAAGUAGGCAAUACUGGUAUGGAAACCAGGACCCUGUUGAUACAGUGGUCCGGACUGAGAUCCAGCACGUCUGGCCUGGGUCCGACGGGUUCCUGAAGGACAACAACAAAGCCGCACAGAGACUUCUGGAUGGAGUGAACUAUAUGGCUCAGUCUGUUUCGGAACUAAGUGUCAAGCCUGCCAAAGCUGUCACUGCCUGGUUGACAGACCAGAUUGCCCCUGCUUACUGGAAGCCCAAUUCUCUCAUCCUUAGAUGUUACAAAUGUGGAGAGUCAUUCCAGGAUAAUGACACAAAGCACCAUUGCCGGGCCUGUGGAGAAGGUUUCUGUGAUUCUUGCUCUUCUAAAACACGGCCGGUCCCUGAGAGAGGCUGGGGACUGGCACCUGUGCGGGUCUGUGAUGCCUGCUUUCAAAACAGAGGGAUCCCUGAAGAACUACUUGACGCAGCUCUGGAAGAAGAAGGUGGUGGGACUCUUAUCGCCAGGAAAGUGGGAGAAGCUGUUCAGAACACAUUAGGAGCCGUAGUGACAGCCAUAGACAUCCCUCUUGGCCUGGUAAAAGACGCAGCCCGUCCAGCUUAUUGGGUACCUGAUCAAGACAUCCGCUGCUGCUUCCAGUGCCAACGCGAGUUUAACAUACGUCUUUCUAUUCAUCACUGCCGUGCAUGUGGACAAGGAGUAUGUAACGACUGUUCCCCUGAUCGUCGGGCCGUGCCCUCCAGGGGUUGGGACCAUCCAGUGCGGGUGUGCAUCACCUGUAACCAAAAACCUGGAGAUCUCUAGCAGAAC